UUCAAAAGUUAGUAUUUUUUUCCUAACCACUAAAGAAUAAUUUUGUCAAUCUUAAAAUAACUGUUUGUUUCAAAUAUUCUUAAUGCCAAGUUGAUGAAUCUGGAGCUUUUAUGGUUGUGCUUGCAUUACAUAGUUUGGCUUGUGGAAAGAAUACUUGCCAAGUAAUUUGGUCACAUCUUUUCUACAUAUCCAGAACUUCAUGAAUAUCAGGUUGGGGCAAAUAUAAGACUUACUGUCAGAGAAUUUUCAAUAAUUUUUUCCUUUAGAUAAAUUGUGGAAAUAGUUUUUUUUUUCCUUGAUAAAGGAAGGAUUAAUGAUUAAUUUGAAGAAGGGGGUGAUUGUUUUUUAACUACUACAUUUGUACAAAAGAAAACAGCACCACUGUUAUUCACACUAUUAUGUGGUUACAGUUCAUAUUUUUAACUGCUUCAAAUAGUCUUUAGCUUUUGUGGUGCUACAGAAACUGCAAAAGAAUUUUACCCCAUGCAGGAAUUAAAGACAGGCUGUACUUGAAAAUAAUGGUACUCACACUGGGUUUGUAGGAAAGCAUUUAGGAGAAAGCACGAUAGUUGAAUAUAAAGACAGGAAUAGAAAAAAAUAUUUUUAAGUUAGUUUUUAUGUGUUAGGUCCUAUCUUUUUGACAGAUUUUGAAAAAAUAAAAAUGUUUUAACUUUCAAAUAAGUUAAUGGCAAUUAUUUAAUACUUCAGAAAUUUUUGUUUAUUUGUUUUAAGGAUUUUUUUUUGUUUGUUUUCUACUUCUUUCUCAGGACAAGUUAUUUUUGAAAUGUUACUUGAUUAAAAUCAUUAUUUGAUAGAAUUUAAUAUAUGUACUUCCCAUUCUUGGUUAGUAAGCAGAAUUUACUAGUCUAAAACUUAUUCAAAAAUGUUUAUCUCAAAAUUUAGAGCUGGAAGAGAGCUAAGAAGUCAUCUAACCCAUUCUUCUCCCAUUUUAUAGUUGAAGAAACUAAGAUCCUAAGAGUUACUUGCUUAAAUUCACUUAAGUAAUAAUGACCCAGAAUCUGAAUACAAGUAUUCUAACUAUAAAUCUAACUAAUUCUAUGCAGAAGGAGGUACUGUUAGGUCUUUGAGAGUACCCAGAUGAAUAAUGUAUGUUUUUCCCUUCAAGGAACUUAUACUCUAGUUGUAGAAAGAAGUUGUUUGCAGCAAAUAACAUUAAUACAAGGGCAGUAUAUACCUUUUUAAUAAGGGUUUCUCAUUCAAGUGGCAUAAGGCCUGAUGAUAAAUAAGACACAAUUCCUAAGAAAUUGGACUUACCUAACCAUCAGGGUGAUCUAAAGACAUCACAAAGGGGAGCUUUUGGCUCUUGGUCUUGUCUCUGUAUUCAUGGAGCCCAUAUUUUACCCUUUCAUGUAGCCCAGACAUCAUAUUACAUUCUUAAAAAAUGGUCAGUUCGAUGUAUUUACUACAUGUACAUUUAUAGUUUAGGGUUUCAAAGGUUAAAAAAAAAAAACCUUCAAGUCUUUAUCAGUCUCAUUCAGAAUAAAAGGAAUAGACAAAAGUAGGAACUAGUCUUAAGAUAUUUUAACCAAUGACAUGGUAGCAUGCAAAUCAGUGAAAUCAACUUAUUCAGUAGAAUAAUUGGCUAGGAUACUUCUGAUGUCAUAAUUCUACUACUUAAUAAUGGAUUGAUUAUAUAGAGAGCAGGUGUGUGAGCUUAUGGUUCCACUUGAAUAGCCUUUUAAAGAGGAGCUGUCCAGUGGUAUUUGGAAAGUCCAAAAGAAGAUAGGAGGACAAGGAUCAUCAGAGGGAUGGGGAUAGUGCCUGUGAGUACAUGUAGACAGCAACACUGAACCUUGAGACGGUGUGCACUCUCCAAAUUGCAUCUUUGCCUUUUCAGAAACCAUCAUGCAGACAUCAGAGACUGGGUCGGACACAGGUUCGACAGUGACUUUACAGACAUCUGUGGCUGGCCAAGCAGCAGUGCCCACCCAAGUAGUACAGCAAGUACCUGUACAGCAACAGGUACAGCAAGUACAGACUGUGCAGCAGGUACAGCAUGUCUACCCAGCUCAGGUGCAAUAUGUGGAAGGAAGUGAUACAGUCUACACAAAUGGAGCAAUCCGAACAACAACUUAUCCUUACACAGAAACCCAGAUGUAUAGCCAAAACACUGGAGGGAAUUAUUUUGAUACCCAAGGAAGUUCUGCACAGGUGACUACAGUGGUCUCAUCUCAUAGUAUGGUGGGCACUGGAGGGAUUCAGAUGGGUGUUACAGGAGGACAACUCAUUAGCAGCUCUGGAGGAACCUAUCUGAUUGGCAAUUCAAUGGAAAAUUCUGGCCAUUCUGUGACACACACAACUCGGGCCUCCCCAGCAACGAUUGAAAUGGCGAUUGAGACGCUGCAAAAGUCUGACGGUCUGUCCACUCACAGAAGCUCUCUUCUCAACAGCCAUCUCCAGUGGCUGUUGGACAAUUAUGAAACAGCAGAAGGUGUGAGCCUCCCUAGAAGUACCCUUUACAACCAUUACCUACGACACUGUCAGGAACACAAACUGGACCCAGUCAAUGCUGCCUCCUUUGGAAAACUCAUAAGGUCAAUUUUCAUGGGGCUACGAACCAGGAGAUUGGGAACUAGAGGGAACUCCAAAUACCAUUACUAUGGGAUUCGUGUCAAGCCAGACUCCCCUCUUAAUAGACUACAAGAGGACAUGCAAUAUAUGGCUAUGAGACAACAACCCAUGCAGCAGAAACAAAGGUACAAGCCUAUGCAGAAAGUGGAUGGGGUUGCAGAUGGUUUCACGGGAAGUGGUCAACAGACAGGCACAUCUGUUGAGCAAACUGUAAUUGCCCAAAGUCAGCAUCAUCAACAGUUUUUAGAUGCAUCUAGAGCACUUCCAGAAUUUGGAGAAGUUGAAAUAUCUUCUCUACCAGAUGGUACUACCUUUGAGGAUAUCAAAUCAUUGCAGAGUCUUUAUCGAGAGCACUGUGAGGCAAUAUUGGAUGUUGUUGUGAAUCUUCAGUUUAGCCUGAUAGAAAAAUUGUGGCAAACUUUCUGGCGUUAUUCUCCCUCCACUCCAGCUGAUGGCACUACCAUUACUGAAUCCAGCAAUCUGAGUGAAAUAGAAAGCCGACUUCCGAAAGCAAAGCUGAUAACUCUGUGCAAAAAUGAGUCUAUUCUGAAAUGGAUGUGUAACUGUGACCAUGGGAUGUACCAGGCUUUGGUGGAGAUUCUCAUUCCCGACGUCCUUAGACCUAUUCCUAGUGCCUUGACCCAAGCCAUUCGCAAUUUUGCAAAAAGCCUUGAAGGUUGGCUUUCCAAUGCCAUGAACAAUAUUCCACAGAGAAUGAUACAAACCAAGGUUGCCGCUGUAAGUGCCUUUGCCCAGACUCUGCGAAGAUACACAUCGCUUAAUCACCUGGCUCAGGCAGCUCGCGCCGUACUCCAGAACACUUCUCAAAUCAACCAGAUGCUCAAUGACCUCAACCGUGUUGAUUUUGCCAAUGUCCAGGAGCAGGCUUCCUGGGUGUGCCAGUGUGACGACAACAUGGUUCAGAGACUAGAAACAGACUUCAAGAUGACUCUUCAGCAACAGAGCACUUUGGAGCAGUGGGCUGCCUGGCUCGAUAACGUCAUGAUGCAAGCGCUAAAACCAUAUGAAGGGAGGCCCAGUUUUCCUAAAGCUGCACGGCAAUUUCUGCUAAAAUGGUCUUUCUACAGUUCAAUGGUUAUCCGGGACCUCACCUUGCGCAGUGCUGCUAGCUUUGGCUCAUUCCAUCUGAUCCGUCUGCUCUAUGAUGAGUAUAUGUUUUACUUAGUAGAACAUCGUGUUGCUCAGGCAACAGGAGAGACACCUAUAGCAGUCAUGGGAGAGUUUGGCGAUUUGAAUGCCGUGUCCCCUGGAAAUAUGGAUAAAGAUGAAGGCAGUGAAGUUGAAAGUGAAAUAGAUGAAGAACUGGAUGAUUCUGCAGAGCCUCAAGCCAAAAGGGAGAAAACAGAGCUGAACCAGGCAUUUCAGGUGGGCUGCCUACAGCCAGUCCUCGAGAGUGGGGUACAGCAGAACCUUCUGAAUCCCAUUCACAAUGAGCACAUUGUUACAAGUACUCAGACUAUCAGACAGUGCAGCGCCACUGGAAACACCUAUACUGCAGUCUAACAAAUAUUAAAGCUUAUUUUUCCAGAUUAUAUUUAACCCUGGUGAUAUUGGGCUUAAGUUGACAAAAGAAUAAGCCUGAAGGUCGACUGUUGUCAAAUUCUAUCUGUGCUGAACAUUACCUUUUUUCAGAGUUGUGAAAUGGAAUGGGUGUAUGUAUUUUUGCCAGGUCUGUUUAAUUUUUUUUUUUUUUUUGUAAACAAAUCAUUUGCCUCUCAAUAUGAAGAGUUUUCUUAGUUUCAGGUGUCAAGAAGGAUUUUUGCAAAGCUUAAUGUCAAUGUUUUUGUCCUCUUAUAAUUAAAAAGUAAUUUACAUUUUUUCAUAGUUUAAAAAAUAUGUUAAUGUUAAUUGUUAGUCAUGGUGUAUGAUUUCAUAUGUAAGUUUUUUAAUUAGGUGCACUUCUGUGAAAUAUCAAAAGAAACAAAUUCCUUUGAUUUACACUGGAGGCAUAUACUCAUUUGACAGCAGAUGCAUCAAAUUUGCUUCUGAAAGGUGCUUUUCAUUGGACAGAACCAUAAGACACUUUUUUGAUAAUGUUUCUGAGUGUGGAGGGAAAAUACAGAGCAUUUUUAUCAUAAUGCUAGAGGGUUGGGAAGGUCACUUAUUUUUCUCUGAGGAAAAAAAAUUAAGCUGUGCAUUUUUCAGCAUAGAAUAAAUGACAAAAUUACCAGAGAUUAUGUUGAUGUGUACAUAAUAUGUAUGCAUAAUUAUCAAACCACAUUAACAAUUCAAGCUUCCGUUAAACAUCAAGUUUUAGAUAUUAUUUGCGUACCAAUCCCUCUGUUUGAAUACUACUGAGUCUGUAUUUGGGACCACUGCACACAGAUGCUUUCUGCUGUUAAGUGGAGCUGUUGUAGUUUAGAUACUGAAACAGAAAAAAGUGAUGACUUUUUUUUUUUAUUAAAACUUUAAAUGUACAUGCUACUUAUGCUCAGCUGGACAUACAGGAAACCAUUCCGUCUGGAUGACUUUCUUCUAUUCCAGGUCUUUUUUUUUUUCCUAAUAGUAGUUCAAUGUGCUGCUAUUCUAAAAGAUAAUUUAUAGAAUGCAAGGAAUGUAGCAACCUGCAUCAUUAUUUCCUUCAAAAAAAAAAAAUUUCCUGGUUCCUAAAGUAAGUGGAUUUAAAUUUUAAGAAGAAAACUAAGGCAGUGUAGCUGGCACACCUCACUUUUACUUAUUCCCAACUCGAUAGGAUUGGAGUAGGUGGCUAGAUGUAUCAUUGCCAUUUAAUUAAGAAUGUACAUCAGGGAUCAUCGUACCUCGGCUAUUACAUGGUGCCUUAAAAACAGAACUGAAGCUAAGGUUUAGUACUUUUUGUUAAUAUGAGUAACUCUGAAAUCCAUUUAAUCAGGUGUGCCUGUCAUUUUCCAAUUCCCCGAAGUAAGGGCAGGUAACAGUCUUCAAAGGAAAUUUCAGAUGGGGAGGGGAUUGGAGAAAGGGAGGUUGACAUACCUCUCUUCCAGUGAUGGCAAACCUAGUUUUUCUUAUUUAGAACUGAAUUUCACUUUCUUACAAAUCAGAUUUGCUUAGGGUUGUGGGGUAGCAGGCUAGUUUUAAUACCAACUUAUGUCAUUCAAAGUAGGGUUCCCGUACCUCCAAGCAACAUGACAUAUUUUCUAAGCCCUCCUUGUCUCAUUUUAAUUUUAAAAAGUAAACAAAAUGAGCAGGUACUUAUCGCAGUGCAUCUUUUCAGUGUAUGUAUGUGUCUAUGUGUAUGCUUGUGUUUGCACGCACACAUGUGGGCGCUCAUGUGUGAGCACAAAGGGGGAGCCAUCUGCCACCAAGUUGGAAGGUGAGCUUAUCCCCAUUAUUAUCAAUGU